AUGCAAUCCAUGCCAUACUACCAACAACAACAAGGUUAUCAACCUCAAGCUCCUUACCAGGCUCAACCUCAAGCACCCAAUGUUUUGAACAAUGGCCCCAUGAUGACUCAUCCCAAUGGACUUCCUCCAAUGCAACAUCCCGGUAUUCCUGAUCCAUCUCAAGCUGUCGCUACAGGUUCUCAACAAGCACCCAAGAGAAAGCAAGUUAAGAAUGCAUGCACCAACUGUCAAAAAGCUUGUAAAAAAUGUGAUGACGCUAGACCUUGUCCUAGAUGUAUCAAGUAUGGUAUCGCUGACACCUGUGUUAACUCUGUAAGAAAGGAACGCAAGAAGGGUAUCAAGCGUGGUCCUUACAAGAGAAGACAAAAGACCGGUGAAGAGAAGCCUCGUAAGAAUGCCGCCGAGAUGAGCACUCCUGAUCAAAAUGGCCAACCUGCUCAAUACGCCCCUGCCACCAUGCGUGGUCCUACUAUCCCAUUCGGUUAUCCUAGCAACUUGAAUCAAUAUGGUCAACAUUACGAUCCCUAUGCUCAAUACACUAGUCAUUACAAAGAUCAAAUGAUGCCUCAACCUUAUGUUGUCAACCCUGUUUAUCCUCCUAUGGGUUACCCUGUUAUUGUCCCCGGAGGUAGCGAUAGUAAUGGUCAGCAACAAGGUCAACAGCAACAAGGUCAACAGCAACAACAACAACCUCAAUAUCAACAUAACUAUAUGAUGCACCAAAGCAAUCCUCCACAAGCACCUCGUCCUCCUAUGAUGAGUCAACAUGGUGAACAUGUCAUGCAUCAAUCACCCGCCGGUAGCCCUCAAGUCUACUACCAGCAACCUCAACAACAACAAGGCCAACAUCAACAACAGCCUCAACAACAACCUCAACAACCUCAACAACCUCAACAACAACACAGCCAACCUCCCUCUCAAAGAAACAGCCCUCACUUAUCCGAAGCUAUCAAGUCUGAGCCUGUUCCUUCUGCAUCUACAUCAACCAACACCACUUCAUCUCCUGACUCUGGCAAUUAA